CGAGUGGGUGAUGGAUCACUUUUCUGAAUCCACAUAUAUUGUAGUCGCUAGUCCCCUCCUAUAAAUACCCAUUUUGCUGAGCUACAAUUUCAACACAUUCAAUUCGUCUUCUCUGUACUUCCUUUUAUCUUAAAACACUCUUCUAGCUAGCUAGCACGCUUAUAAAAAAAAAAACACUCUUGAAGCUAGCAUCAUGGGGAAGAUAAUGGAAGGACUGAAACCAGCACUACUCAUGGUGUUUGUGCAGAUUGCAUAUGCUGCAGUGAAUAUCGUCUACAAGCUCGCCAUUAAUGAUGGAAUGAGCAUGACAGUCGCCACUGCCUACCGGCUAAUUUUCGCAUCAGCUUGCACGGUUCCACUUGCUCUUAUCUUUGAUAGGAAGAAGAGGCCAAAAAUUACUUGGAGGGUGCUUGUUUUGGCAUUUCUUUGUGGAAUGUUUGGGGGAAGUUUAUUUCUAAACCUUUACGCUGUGGGUUUGGGCAUGACAUCAGCAACGUUUAUGUUGGCCGUGGUGAACCUUAUUCCAGGCAUUACCUUCAUCUUGGCCACAUGUUUCGGAUUGGAAAAAUUAAAUUUGGGAGCAGCAGCAGGUAAGGCCAAGGUGAUAGGAACAAUUGUUGGAAUUAGUGGAGCAAUGGUGUUGACCUUUCUCAAAGGGUUCGAAAUCAAUAUUUUGUCCUCCAAACUUGACCUUAUGCAUCCGCAUCAUGACCAAAGUGGCCAUAUAGUGUCGCAACAUGUCGACUUUAGCAACAAAGCAUUAGGGAUUCCUUGCGCCUUAGCAAGUUGCAUCUCUUUCUCUUUGUGGUUAAUCACUCAAGCGAAGAUGAACCAAGAAUACCCGAGCCCUCACUCAAGCUCAGCAUUGAUGUGUAUAAUGGGUGCCUUACAAUCCACUAUUAUUGCUCUUUGUUUUGAGAGGGAUUGGAGUCAAUGGAAGUUGGGGUUCGAUAUCAGACUUCUAACCGUGGCUUAUUCGGGAAUUGUGGGCUCUGGUUUGGUGGUUAUUGUUAUUGCAUGGUGUGUAAAGAUGAGAGGCCCUCUAUUCGCGUCUAUUUUCAAUCCUCUACAACUCUUGCUUGUCGCCAUCGCUGCUUACUUAUUGUUGGAUGAGAAGUUAUAUUUAGGAAGUGUGCUUGGAGCAGUGCUGAUUGUUAUUGGCCUAUACGCUGUACUUUGGGGUAAGAGCAAAGAAAUGAAAACGAAGACUCAGUUAAUGCCAGUACAAAACACCACAGAGUCCCAAGUUAUUGAGGUUGCUGUUAUUUCCACGCCCGUAAAUCAACAUAAAUGCGUCCACUGCAAUCAGUGUCAAGUUAGUGCAACGUCGAAUGUUGCUGAUGACCAAUCACUCUCUAUCGAAAAAUGAAAAAUGGAUAUUUUUUUUAGAAAA